GAAACGUCACCAGUCCCCGCCUUAAAUAAUAACAAUCAAUUCUUGGAUUUUUUCUGCUCCUUGUAAAUCAGAGCAGAUGGUUGGAGGCUGAUUCAGGCUGUGGCACGCGGGACGCGCAGCAGCUGGAGACACAAAAACCCCCAAACAUCAGUAGAAGUCAGCCUGGAUGAAAAACUCUCAUUAGUUCUUUAUUUUAAUAUUUAUCCGGAGUUAAAAAAAAAAAAAUCCCAGAUGCGUAAAAUGUGUCCCAUUUCUGGAUGGAUCGGCUGUGCGCUGUGCUUGUGCGCAUCUUUGGUCGUAUGCGCGCAGGAUCACACGGAGGAAGACGACAUGAUCCUGGAGAUGAUCCUCGAUGACGGACUGCAGGCUGAGGCUGGAGACGCGCCAAGCGCACAGUUCCUCAAGUGCAACAAGGCGGCUUGGCGGAUCCCCGGUCAGUAUGUGGUCGUCCUGCACCGAGGGACGCACGAGUCUCAGGUCCAGAGGACCAUCAGGAGGCUGCGAGCCAGAGCAGCCAGAGGAGGCUUCCCUCUGGAGAUCCUGCACACCUACUCUGGAGUUUUGCAGGGCUUCCUGGUCAAAAUGAGCCAUGACGCACUUAACCUGGCUGUGAAGCUUCCUCAUGUCCAUUACAUAGAGGAAGAUUCAUCCAUCUUUGCUCAGAGCGCCCCCUGGAACCUGCAGCGAUUACUGCGGCCGCAUGCUGGCAUCUCUGUAAAUGGGACCUACCUGCCUCCAAAUGAUGGAGGGAUGGCGGAGGUGUACCUAAUGGAUGGCAGUGUGCAGAGCUCCCACAGAGAGGUUGAAGGACGAGUUCUUAUUACAGACUUUAAUAGCGUCCCUGAAGAGGAUGGAGUCAGAGUUCAUAGGCAGGCCAGCCACUGCAAAGGUCACGGCACACACUUGGCUGGCGUGGUGACCGGAUCGGACUCUGGUGUCGCUCGAGGGGCCGGCGUGAACCUGGUCCGUGUGCUCAACUGUCAGGGUAAAGGAUCAGUCUCAGGAGCUCUAUCAGGGUUGGAAUAUAUUCGGGCAACCUUACUGGCCCGCCCUGUGGAUGCAGCAGUUGUCCUGCUGCCUUUCAUUGGUGGCUUCAGCCGCUCAUUGAACACUGCAUGCAGACAGUUGGUGGCUCAUGGAGCCGUUGUCAUCGCCGCUGCAGGGAACUACAGAGAAGAUGCUUGCCUCUAUUCACCGGCUUCAGAACCAGAGGUCAUCACAGUUGGAGCCGUUAACUCAGCUGACCAUCUCAUGUCACAAGGAGCCGGGGGCAGCAACUUUGGCCCCUGCGUUGAUCUGUUUGCACCUGGUGAUGACAUCAUCAGUGCCAGCAGUGACUGCAGCACCUGCUUCACCUCACAGAGCGGUACCUCGCAGGCUGCCGCUCAUGCCGCCGGUAUAGCCGCUGUGAUCCUGUCCUCCAAUCAGAAGGCGUCUCCUCUGCAGGUCCUGCACACCAUGUUGCAUUAUUCCAUUAGUGACACAAUAAACUUCCUGCCUCUUUCUGAAACGCAUCGUCUCACUACUCCUAACCUGGUGGCAGCCAUGCCUUCUGCCGACAACCCGACGCCAAAUGGCGAACUGGUCUGCCGCUCUGUGUGGUCAGAGAGGUCAGGCUUGUCCGGUGGAGACACGGCUGUGAGCCGCUGCCGCGUGGGGGAGGAACUGAUGGGCUGCAGCAGCUAUGCUCCUGAUGGCACCCGUGUGGGAGAAACCGUCACUGAGAGCAGGGGGCGCAUGGAGUGCACGGCUUUCAAUGGACCGGCAGGAACCGGUGUGUAUGCUGUGGCCCGCUGCUGUGCCAUCAGCGGCCUGCGGUGUCAGGCCCACGCUAGUCCUGAGCCGGGGCAGGACGCUCAGUGUGCAGGCCCACAGCAUCACCUCACAGGGUGCACCACAUGGUCCACAGCUGAGAUCCUAUCUGACUCCCGUCCUCAUCAUGGAGGCAGGAGGGGCUGCUUGGCGAAGGGCAGGGCCACCUCCCACGCAGUCUGCUGCCACGCGCCGACGCUUCAGUGCCACCUGUUGGAAGCAACGCCGUCUGACGCAGACCAGAUGUCCUGUCCUUCAGGUUGGACUUUGACAGACUGCAGCGCCGUCUCUCGGGACGCCGCUGUUGUUGGGUCCGUCCCUCAAGGCAACGGCUGCCGCGUCCACAACGCAGGGCGAGUUGAGGCGGCUGGCGUGGCCGUCUGCUGCCGCGUCGCUCCACCGGACCCCCCAGCAACAACUCCCAACUGAUCACAGCUGUCUCUCUGUCAUCUUCCAUAAAGACUAAGAAGCACCUCUUGUAGAUUAGGUCAAAACACGCUCCACGUCGUUUCGUUUUUAACUGUUUUUAAACCAUCUGAGAUAUACAUGUUUAAAAAUAAAAAUACUCUUCAUACUGAUAA